GCGUGCUGGUCACCAUGACAACAGAGACAGGCCCCGAUUCUGAGGUGAAGAAGGCUCAAGAGGAGACUCCACAGCAGCCUGAGGCUGCUGCAGCCGUGACCACCCCGGUGACCCCCGCAGGCCAUAGCCACCCGGAGACCAACUCCAAUGAGAAGCAUCUGCCCCAACAGGACACGAGGCCUGCUGAACAGAGCCUAGAUAUGGAGGAUAAAGACUACUGUGAGGCCGAUGGCCUGUCGGAGAGGACCACGCCCAGUAAGGCCCAGAAGUCACCCCAGAAGAUUGCCAAGAAGUUCAAGAGUGCCAUCUGCCGAGUCACUCUGCUCGAUGCCUCUGAGUACGAGUGUGAGGUGGAGAAGCACGGCCGGGGUCAGGUGCUGUUUGACCUGGUCUGUGAGCACCUCAACCUCCUGGAGAAGGACUACUUCGGUCUGACCUUCUGUGAUGCUGACAGCCAGAAGAAUUGGCUGGACCCCUCCAAGGAAAUCAAGAAGCAGAUCCGGAGCAGCCCCUGGAACUUUGCCUUCACAGUCAAGUUCUACCCUCCUGACCCUGCCCAGCUGACAGAAGACAUCACAAGGUAUUACCUGUGCCUGCAGCUCAGGGCAGACAUCAUCACAGGCCGGCUGCCCUGCUCCUUUGUCACGCAUGCCCUGCUGGGCUCCUAUGCCGUGCAGGCGGAGCUGGGUGACUACGAUGCCGAGGAGCACAUGGGCAACUAUGUCAGUGAGCUCCGCUUUGCCCCAAACCAGACCCGGGAGCUGGAGGAGAGGAUCAUGGAGCUGCACAAGACGUACAGGGGCAUGACCCCUGGAGAGGCAGAGAUCCACUUCCUGGAGAACGCCAAGAAGCUGUCCAUGUAUGGGGUUGAUUUGCACCAUGCUAAGGACUCUGAGGGCAUCGAUAUCAUGCUGGGUGUCUGUGCCAAUGGCCUGCUCAUCUACCGGGACCGCCUGAGAAUCAACCGUUUUGCCUGGCCCAAGAUUCUCAAAAUCUCCUACAAGAGGAGUAACUUCUACAUCAAGAUCCGGCCUGGGGAGUACGAGCAGUUUGAGAGCACCAUCGGCUUCAAGCUCCCUAACCACCGCUCAGCCAAGCGGCUGUGGAAGGUCUGCAUUGAGCACCACACCUUCUUCCGGCUGGUGUCCCCAGAGCCCCCACCCAAGGGCUUUCUGGUGAUGGGCUCCAAGUUCCGGUACAGUGGGAGGACCCAGGCACAGACCCGCCAGGCCAGUGCCCUCAUUGACCGGCCUGCCCCCUUCUUUGAGCGAUCCUCCAGCAAGCGAUACACCAUGUCCCGCAGCCUUGAUGGAGCGGAGUUCUCCCGCCCUGCCUCAGUCAGUGAGAAUCAUGAUGCAGGGCCUGACGGUGACAAGCGGGAAGAUGAUGCUGAGUCAGGGGGACGGCUAUCAGAGGCUGAAGAAGGAGAGGUCAGGACCCCCACAAAGAUCAAGGAGCUGAAGUUCUUGGACAAGCCAGAGGAUGUCCUGUUGAAGCACCAGGCCAGCAUCAAUGAGCUCAAGAGGACCCUGAAGGAGCCCAACAGCAAACUGAUCCACCGGGAUCGAGAUUGGGAGCGUGAGCGCAGGCUGCCCUCGUCACCCGCCUCCCCCUCCCCCAAGGGCACCCCUGAGAAAGCCAGUGAGGGCUCAGAGCAUUGGGUAUUUAUAGAAAGAGUAUACACUAGGCCAGAAGAACUUGGCCUCCUAACAGUGGCCCCCACACAACGGGAAGAAAGUGAGGCAGGCCUUGCUGAGAUCCUUGCUGAUGGCAGACUCUCCAAGGUAGACAUUCUGGUGGACAAGUUCAAAGUUGAAGUGGCCACAGAAGAAGCAGUAGGAGCCAGAAGAGCAAGCACCCAACAGCAAGGGAAGAUGAUUGCAAGCCCAGAAGACUCUGAGAUAAUGGAAGAGGAAGGCGUGUGUGUCAAGGGAGGUCCCAGAGAGGCUGCCCAAGCUGCAGGCUUCUCAUCAACAGACAAGCUUUUCCAGGGCUCCAAGCUCAAGACUAGGAGCCACUGCAUCUCAGAUGGCCAGCUGGAGAGCCAAGUAGAGCUGAGCAAGGGGCUGGAGGGGCUCCAGACUUGGGGAAGACCUCCGGCUACAGGGGUUGGGCCAGUGUGGGGACAAGUUCUUUCUCCUGCAUCAGACAAGGGAGGACUCCAGUCCUUCCUGUUGGAUCCAGCCCAGGCAGAAGCCAGAGCUGACUCAAGCGAUGAGACUGACACCUCCUUCGCAGAGAGGAGUUUCUAUCUAAACUAUGGAGAGAAAGACGCUGAAGACCAAGCUCUCUCCCUACCCUCAGACGACAGAGAAGAGCACCUGGAUGCCCGUCCUGGAGAUAGGACCUGGAUGGCACUGGCAGGGGAGCACACGGAGCUCUCAGCCCCGAGGGGUUCUGCCCCAGGAUCCAGCCGGAAUAAAGAUGAAACCCUUAUGGCUUCCUCAGAGGAAGAAGCCUGGUCCCCCAGGGACCAUGGGAGGCCUAGUGACCUGCAGGAAGCUGCUGUGGGGCAGACUUUUGAUGAGGGCUGGGAAGGAGCUCAGCAAAGGCUGGAAGGAGAGCUGAUCUACCCAAUGGCUGGGGUAGCUGGAGAUGAGGAGGCCCCCAUGAGUGUAGAUUGGAUGGGGGAGACUGAGAAAAGUCCUCCUGCAAGAAUGAAGAAGUACCCUCCUGGUGGAGGAGGAGGGGUGCACUUAGAUGCCCAGGCUUGUGCGCUUCUGAGGACCAUCCCUCCUCAUGUUAGGAAGCCAGUCAGGCCAGACCAAAGCAGCUUUCUGCCCAAAGAGAAGAGGGCAGUUUCCACUCAGGCUGUAGAACCCAAGACAGAGGGUGGAGAGGAAGUCAUCCUGCUGCCAGCCUCCUCCAGUCACAUCAAGGUUCUGGCAGCUGUGGAGGACCCUUCUCAAAGCCCAGUCUCUCCUGGGUCAGGGAAGCCUUCGCUGUUUGGGGAUCCCUUUGGAGAUCAGUUCCCUGUAGUUCUCAAACACUCCCAUCUUCCUGAAGAGAGUCCUGUGCCCAAGGACACACGAGGUUCACGCAAAGCACCUCCAGUUGCCAGCAAGAAGCCCAGAGUUGUCCCUGAAGGAACCGAGGGACCUGCAUUCCUGGGGUGUGUGUUCCCUUCAGGAAAGCAAAAGGAGACUUCACUCCAGGCUGAGGACCAAGGGAGUUCCCAGGAAGAUAUUAGCAAGACCUCAGUGGCUAACAAGAUUCGGAUAUUUGAGACCCAUGGAGCAGAGACUUGCCGAGCCAGUCAGGGUGAAAUGAGGGCCCUUCCACAUGAGCUGCCUCCAGAGGCCUCACCAGGGCAGGUAGAACAUCAGAAAAAUAGGCUUCUAGACCUGGGCUUUGUCCAAUUCCAGCCCCCUGGGGAUUUGGCCAGUCCCAAAGUUGCAUAUUCUUCUGUCGUGCCUCUGGCUACCCAGCACCAUUGGGAGGGCACCUCUACUACCGCCCACCAAGAAAGAUGCACAGAACCAGAGCUCGUGUCCCCUGAUUCAGGCUGUGAAACCACGCUGGAGGAAGCCACCGGGAACAAGUCCGGAGAUGCGGGCAGGGAAGAGAAGAGCUUCUUCAGCCUCUUAACACCAAACCCCCCUGGGAAGGGGGGGCGCCUGAGAUUCGCCAGCCCUCCGGGCCCUCAGAGAGCAGGGCUGAGGGAGGGCUCGGAGGAGAAAGUCAAACCACCACGUCCUCGUGCCCCAGAGAGUGACACAGGAGAUGAGGACCAGGACCAGGAGAGGGACGCGGUAUUCUUGAAGGACAACCACCUGGCCAUCGAGCGCAAGUGCUCAAGCAUAACAGUCAGCUCCACAUCCAGCCUGGAGGCCGAGGUGGACUUCACGGUUAUCGGCGACUACCACGGCAGCGCCUUCGAAGACUUCUCCCGAAGCCUCCCUGAGCUCGACCGUGAUAAGAGCGACUCUGAGACAGAAGGCCUGGUGUUCUCUCGGGAUCUCAAGGGGCCCUCCAGCCAAGAGGAUGAGUCUGGGGGCAUCGAGGACAGCCCGGAUCGAGGGGCCUGCUCCACCCCAGAAAUGCCCCAGUUUGAGUCCGUGAAAGCAGAGACUAUGACCGUCAGCAGUCUGGCAAUCAGAAAGAAGAUUGAGCCAGAGGCCAUGCUGCAGAGCAGAGUCUCCACUGCAGACAGCACCCAGGUUGACGGGGGUGCCCCUGUGGGAAAAGACUUCAUGACGACUCCCCCCUGCAUCACCACAGAGACCAUCUCCACCACCAUGGAGAACAGUCUCAAGUCCGGGAAGGGGGCAGCUGCCAUGAUCCCAGGCCCACAGACGGUGGCCACGGAAAUCCGUUCUCUUUCACCGAUCAUCGGGAAAGAUGUCCUCACCAGCACCUACGGCGCCACUGCGGAAACCCUCUCAACAUCCACCACCACCCAUGUCACCAAAACUGUGAAGGGAGGGUUCUCUGAGACAAGGAUUGAGAAGCGAAUCAUCAUUACUGGGGAUGAAGAUGUCGAUCAAGACCAGGCCCUGGCUUUGGCCAUCAAGGAAGCCAAACUACAGCAUCCAGACAUGCUGGUAACCAAAGCCGUUGUCUACAGAGAAACAGACCCAUCCCCGGAGGAGAGGGACAAGAAGCCACAAGAAUCCUGACCUCCGUGAAGAGAUGCUGGCGUGUCUGGUCCAACCCAAGCCAGAGAACCAUUAAGAAGGGGCCUUCAUUCUGGAUUCUCCGACAACACCAACAUCCCAGCUGUGACAUACUGUCACUGAUGAGAGACUGGGAAGGGAAAGCAUAUAUAUAUAUAUAUAUAUAGAUAUAUAUAGAUAUAGAUAUAUAUCAGGAAACACCGCGUCCUUGCACUGCUGCUGGGGCUGGCGGAGCAGUCAGCUGAUGGCAACAACCAACAUCUGCAACAACCUUCAUUUCCUUUGCAGACCAAUUGAAUUGGUGGGAAUUUUUUUUUUUCAGGAAGAUAUGUAACAAUCGUAAUCUCUCGCUCUCCCACCCCUUUCUCCUGCCAAACUACAAAAGCAGACCACAAUGAUUGUAGAUGUCCCCUUGAGCCCUGGCUGCACACACUCCAGGAUGGAUGAGUACCCCCGUUCGUUCUCCAGCCUCUCUGUCGCUUCCUCUAAUGCAAAGGAAGAAACAAAAUAAGAUCACGUAGCCAAGCAAGAGAAGUCACAGCAGCAAGACACACACACAGUCAACUAUUUUCCAGGAAGGAAAGAAUGGAAGUCUCCAACUUGGAGGAGGAGUGAGAGGAACACUUGAUUGUUAUUUCUGGGUCUUGACACUGGGCUGCCAAACCCCCUCUCUGUUCUUCUGCCUCCCUGCUUCCCCCUUGACUUCUACUCAUCUUGUCUCCAUUUUCUGUCUCAGCUCCCUCCUGCCUCUCUCCCCGACCCUCCUCUUCUGUGUCCUGGUCCUGCUGAGGGCCACUGCAGAUGACUCUCAUUGGAAGAAAAAGAGACUACAAGAGCAAAAGGAAGCCAUGGGAAGGGAAGUAGACAUUGUAUGUUUCCGGUUUCUCUUGACGGAGGUGCAGCUCAUAGGAGAUUGUAUGACUGUGAUUUUAAGUUAUGUAUAUUACAUGUAACAGGAAACAGAUAUUAAAAUAAACUGUGCUGGUAAGUAUGCAGCUGACAUUUUCAAGUUAUAAUUACCUGACUGUGAUGUAUCCCAAGGUUCCUAGAUCUUGCCAAACUGGCCCAGCCGAGGACACUGAACUCUGGGUGUGGCCGGCUUCCAGUAGCGCUGCAGAUUCAGUGUAGUGAAACUGUGUGUGGUGUUUGUAACUGGGUGAUUGGUGGGGAGACUGGGGGGCCCUUCAUGGAGAGGUGAGGGUUUGGCCAGAAGGAAGCAACACAGAUGUAGUUCCGAACAUGCCAGGCCAAGAUGCCUUCUCCCUCAGCAGUAGCUGUCAGGACCCUGUGCUCAGGACUCUGCUGCUGAGGUCAUAGGCCAGUCCUCCUACCUCCAGGGGGCUUGCCUUGGUUUUCAGUCCUCUCUUUCUGUUUUACUAUUACCAGGGUCUUUGUUUUGGUUUGUAUUCCGCCAUGUCUUUCCCUGCUCUUCACCACCUUGUCACAAUGAAUCCCUUGUCUUAAGGGAAGUGGUACCCUGGCCCAGGUAAAAAGCAAUGGCUCUAACCUGGUUUUCUGAAACGCCCAGCCAGUCUUCCCCCUAUGCCACUUCCAUCAUGUGAAUCAUGCUCUUUUUCCUGAGCUAAAGUAGCCAUGAUAAAGAGGCCAUGAAUACAGGGAAGGCCAUGACAGGCCCAUACUGCAUUUCCAAAGGCCUCACCUAUCCCAGAACAAUAGCAAGUACGAGGAAGUGUUGCCCACUGGCUCCCUCUACAUUAAACCCUGGCUUGCAAGACUGCUGUCAGUCGGUAUCCAAGGUCAGAAAUGGCCUCAAGAUGACAGGAGCCCUUGGAGAAAACUCCACCACAAGCUUGGCAUUACACUCUGGCAUAUGCAAGCUUCUUCUGGCUUGCUUGCCACAAGCAAUGUCCCUUUCUAAGGGAAAAUGUCCUACAGCAGUCCCAAUUCACUUCCUAGUCCUGCUAAGGCAGUUCAUAUAUUUAUUCAGCAAAUGUUUAUGGGUUGCCCAUUUGUGCCAGGCUCUGUUUUCAAGGUGGAAGGAGAAGCAUGAAAGGGAAGGGGGGCCCUGGGAAGCCAUUAGACAAGCCUAUCCCUAACCAUACCUGGCUCAUUUCAGAACUUCUCCACUCCUCCAUCUGAUAAGACAUUACCUGGAAAUGUCUCAGAGGGUCCAGGCUAGAUGUGCCCUCUGGGCUUGCUUAUUAGUUGCUCCUACAAUGUACACCUUACCUAUUUACAGGUGCUGGCCAGACACAGGGCAAGAAGCCAGAAUAGCUUUCCUCUGUGGCAGCUGAGAAGUAGAGCCAGGCUCUUAGAUUGUAGAGUCAGCCAUAUGCCCCUGGUGCAGUCUAGUAGCCCACUCCAGUGUGACAGAGCAUUUUCUCUGCUCCAGGAUCUUUGUCCAUUAUUGAUGGAGAAGUCACAGAACCUCCUGCCCGCCCCUUUACUACAUGCAAGCUCCUGCUGCUUCUGAGCCAAGAGCAGGAAUGGCUCUAUCCCCUUGGAAUUGGGCUCAGGCCUCACCUGCCUCUGCAGGAACUCCUGGCCUGCACACACUGGACAUACAUACCUCAAAGGGAGGAUCUUUGUUGGGAGGGUUGCAACUGCCCUGAAUGUGGGCUACAAGGCAAGGAUGAAAUGACCGGGCCUAGCUUGUGGGAUGUUAGAAUUUGGGAGAUACUCACAACACGGAUGUUUUGACCUCCCCCCCCCCCAGAGAGGCAGUCAGCACCCUGCCCAGGGAGGAGGGGAUUUGCAAAGCUAAAAUCUAGGGCACUGUUUCCUCCCCAUCCUCCAUUCCAUAGAGAAUAAGGAUAUUCGUUGUCUCGUCUGCCUUCAACCUAUUUUCUUUAUUUUUUUUCUUUUUCUUGUGUGUGUGUGUGUGUGUGUGUGUGUGUGUGUGUGUGUGUGUGUGUGUGUCUGUGUCAUCUUCUCUGUGGCACCUCUCUAUCCAGGAGGCCAGGUAGUAGAGUGGGAAAAGCCUCAGAGAGCAGUCAGAGUUCUGGGUGACCAUCUCACCAUGCAACGUUGGGCUACUCCAUCCCACUGAAUUAAACGAGCAGGGCAACUAGUUGCAGUCUGAGCCAUUUUCCCACUCUGUGUCUCACACACCUUUAUUUUCCCGACUUUUACUUUCUAUGGAUCUUUUCCAUGUGAGGGUACAGGGAGUACCAGGACCUGUUUCGGUUUUUGAACCCUGCAAGCACAUACCAAGACUGGCCUGAGAUUGCAUGAGCAACAUCACUCUAAAUAUAUAUUUUUUUCAGAAGCACCUUACCAACCAGCUGCACUGCUGUCCUGUUCCUUUUCACUCUUCCCUCUCUUCUCUCUUGUCCCCGCGCUCCCCCACCUCAGUGCUCCGUGCUGUGUGUGUGCUCUCUGUUCUUGUAUACUCAAUAAAAGUGAAAUAAAUGUGUUUGAUGCUGAA